AUGGCGGACACCUUCGAUCUGAAAGCAGAGGGCUUCGAAUACUCGGAUCUUAAACAAGGCAAAGUCCCAAAGAUAACCGAUGUGAUGGUCAUCACCACAAUCCGUUUCCAGCCGAUUGACUGCGUCGACAACAACCCAUACCAGCUAGCCAAACACAACGGAGUUCUGAUCUUUGGCCGGGUGUAUACUAACGACCUAUCGCGCGUGCGCAAGUCACGCGUAUUCCACGACCCUACAGCCGACGACAACCCUCGACCGCUCACCCGGGACCAGGCAUUCGCCGCCUUCCGCCAGGUCAGUAUAUGCGACUACGGCCCCUAG